AUGAGCAAAAAGUUCAAAUCGCAGGCUUCCAGCAGUCGUGCGGCUGCUGGAGCCUUUGGCUCAUUUGGAGGAUUCUCUGGGACAGCUGGCAAUGAUGGGCGGCAACCGUCUGCACUUACUUACAUUACGGAACCGCCGGAUCUUUCUCGCAUAUCAGAGCAGCGACUGGUGAUUGCAUUCAAGAAUUUACAGAAGAAAGACGAUAUCACACGAACGAAAGCUCUGGAGGAACUGAAGGAACAUGUUUCAGCUAUACGAGAGAAGAAGGGAACGUUGGAUGAUGGAUUUUUAGAAGCAUGGGUCAAAAUAUACCCCAGGGCCUCAAUUGAUAUUUCAAGACGAGUCAGGCAACUAGCUCAUACUUUGCAGGGCUCAAUUUCUGCACUGGUUGGCAAAAGAAUUGCCCCGCAUCUGCCCAGAGUUAUAGGCGUGUGGCUCGCAGGAAUCUAUGACAAUGACCGACCAGUUCAACGCUCCGCAUUGGAAUCUUUCACUGCCAUCUUCUCCACAGAAGAGAAGAGGAACAAUGUAUGGAAGAUCUAUCAAAGUUCCACUUUGGAGUUUAUCGACGAUGUUCUCCUCCGUCAGUCACCCUUGACUUUGAGUGAUGAGCGAACAGUCAAACGGGAUGAUGCCGAGGCAAAAUAUGCUCGCGUUGUGGGAUCCGCGUUGAUGCUUUUCAAUCGCAUUUUAGGAAACUCGCCAGAUGAUGACCUGCAAAGAAAUCUGGCCGAGAUUGAGGACCUCCUUGGGAGUAAGUCCCUAUGGGGAUUUUGCAAUCACGAAGACCCGUUUGUUCGCCGAUCAAUCUAUAUUGUUCUACGGUCAGCCAUCUCUCGAGAGCCUGGCUGGAUUGACUGGAAGCUCCUAAGUGCAGCCAUUAUUGGCAAGUCUCUGUCGAUCCCACAAAUCGGCUCUGGCUCCGAGCUGUCAGAAUCUCUUCUUCUCUUGACCUCAUCACGACCACAAGUAUGGACUGAUGACUACACUGGAAAAACCUCGGCUUCAAAAAGGCUGCGUCAAUACAUCCAAAAAGGAUCGCAGGGCGGCCUGGCAAAUUUCUGGACAAAUUUGGAUAAAUUACUUCGGAUCAUCCCAAAGGUGGUUCUCGCGGGAGCUGACAAAACGUCCACUGACGAAACAGUCAAGAUUUCCAGCGCGACGGCUUUGACGGAAGCUUUUCAAGAGGGUUUGGUUUCAAGAGAAGAACCACGGCAAAAUCUCACUACCGGGUGGAAAUCUUAUAUCCGUGUUGGGGCUUGGCUUGGUCUUCUCAUGCCACAGGAUCAAAGACCCGAGUUUAUUGAAACAAGGUUGUCACCUCUGGUUGCACAGUAUGUGCGUCCUAGCUCUGAAAUGGGCCAGUGGUCACUUCCUUCAUCGACUGCUCAGGAUAUUUGUGCGGAUUAUCUUCUUACGCUUAUUUGCCACGGCCAAAGCCAACAAUUCGAGUCACUGUGGACGAAGUUAUCUCAUGAAUUGUUGGAAGCUGUGAAGCUGUCAUCUCCCGAACAAUCGAACACCUUCCGCUCGUCUCAAGACGCGGUGUGUGCUGAAGCACGUCGAUUUUUUGUGCUGGGGCCCGCACUUCUUUCGAGAGUCUCAGACUUGGAAAGCGAACAGCUCGCUCAAGGGAUCCUCGAGAAAUCGAAUUUAUUCCUUCUCGAAAGCUGCCUGGAAGUCCUGCGUUCUCGCAACGGCAAACCAUAUGGAGCGGCUGGAGUCAUAGAAGAAUGUGUACGGAACAAUCCCUGUGUCGCAAAGGGAUCUCAGGAUCUCAUCAAUUUUGUCCAAACAGAUGCACCUGAUCUUUUGUUCUCACCUUCUGGUGAUAGGCUUAUUGCAAUCAUCUUGGCAUGCCGCGAGUGGGAUGGAUUUUCCUCUAGCUUUGAAAAGGUGGUUGAACGAACUAUGGAACUUGAUCCUGAACAUUCCAACGCGCACAUCUUGCAGACUCUCUUCGCCAGCCUUGAUUUCAAUGAGGUCGGUGAUCAGAAUAAGCUAUCAUCCCUUGUCAUGCGAGCUCUGGAUAAGGCGUGCAGAGGAAGCGCUUCUCACUGGCCGAUCAUAACUUCUGUUCUUCAGAACCAGACCUCUCGUAGUGGUCUAAUGGAUCAGAUAUUCUUGUCUAUCAUCGAUGCGCUGUCUCAAGAAGACAAAAUUCUGGACGUGUUGUAUGGCCUUUCUCACCUCGGAAAGACUGCACCAACUGCUGUCAAAGACUUUCAAAAUGGGCCCAAUGGUUCGAAGCUAAACGGAAAAUUAUUAUAUCUCACAGAAUCACCUUCAGAAGAAAUUCAUACUCUGACCGAAUCUUUGAUAAAGUCUUUCAAGGAAACUGUGGUUGGCGAUUUGACCACCACUUCCAAAAUCGAGAUUCUGCGUCAAGGGCUUGGCCAUGCAAGUGAGGAAUCUUUGUCUAUCGAUUCUCUUUUUGCUAUCGCAGAAGACCUGAUGCAAGAAAUUGAGACAAACAAGGAUUACACCGUCAAGGAUAUUUUGCCUUCUCGUAGUGCUUGGGAGGAUGCGAUGAUGCCUUUCCUACAACUUCCACCUCGAACAUCAACGGCCAUCACCAGUCCGCUACUGGGUACUGUCAACUUAAUCCAGCGUGAUAUUUCGGAGUCCUUAAAGACACUGCACCUUGAAAUUCCCAGAGACUCAGAUCGUUGCACUGCUGCAUUCCGCUUGACUGUAUUCUCUAUCAAAGCAUUGUCGACCUUUGAUAUUGCUUCAAAACUGGAAAAUACAGAUCUGGAAACUCUCCUUUACUUCCUCCCAUUGGCAGUUCAACUAAUUGACGAUGAUCUGAGCAUCGAAAACUGCAAUGGAAUUUCGGGCCUUGAGCUAGCUGAUCAGCGUGAGGAAUAUUUGGAGCUCGUAUUCCAGGGACGCAAAGUGGUCAGUGACUGGGCCCACUCAAAGGUACCCCUAAAGUCUUCACCAGAGACCUCUGUUUCCUCACUUUUGAUCUCCUUCUGGGAGAACAAGCUCGAGAGCCUCAAUGGAACGUCUCCCAUGGACUAUCGUGCGGGCCAAGCUUUCGUCAAAUUGAUGACUUCGGUGGAUGGGUUUGAAACAUACAAGUCUACUGAUGAGGUUGCCAAGAUUUGCAGAGAGGCACGGAGUGCUAAUGCAAUCCGCUCAGCGGCAUGGUUUGCUGCCUUGCGAAGCUCAAUCUUAUCCAAUCCUAUUGGAAACCGAAUUUGCAAUGAACUCGUUGCUGAUUCUACUGGUCUCAAACCAGAUGGUUCCUCCUUGCAGGGGUUGCGAAAGCUUGCAUUUCUCAAUAUUUUGCUGUCUGGAGAGGAAGACGUCGUGUCAACCAUUCCCACCCAGAGACUGGUUUUCCUUACCAAAAACCUCAUUGAAUGUCUCCAAUCUGAAAUUACCUCGGUUGGUUUGAAAGCAGAGAUUCUACAGACCCUGGUGUUCAUUCUUCCUGGUCUUAAUGAUAUUUACGGCUCACACUGGGAGGACAUUAUGGAGGCCUUGAGCCUUAUCUUCAAGGAAGCCAGUGGAGGAGAAGAGGGUCUACCCUUGCUAGUAUCUUCUUUCAGGCUAUUUGCACGUUUGAAGGCCAUGGCCGAGGGCGACAGCAAUGAUGACCUCCAAGAUUCCUGGUUGGAGCGUAAGACUGCUCUCUCCAAUGAGCUGGUCUCAACCAUUGGAAAGUUUGACUCAUCAACAACAUUCCAUCAACCCCGAGAUGUCGCAGUUGAGCUCCUACGCCGCUUGAUCAACGGAGUUCCAGUUGAUAAGCUCGACGAUGUCAGUGGAGCCUUCCAUCUUUUGACUGCUCACAGCCGCGCUGUCCAACGAACUGCGUAUACCAUUCUUCACCGUUACAUCCCUCAGGCCCAAGAACAGAUCUCAUUUGAUGUGGCAUUGUCCAAGACUGCAGUCGGUUUACCCGACGAGCUCAUAUCCCUUCUGCUUGAGACGCCAACCAUGGAUAUGAUCUCAAAGUCAUACGGUGAUGACAAGAUGUGGACAAGCAUAAGAUCAUACCUUCUGAGCUGGAAGGUGGUCUUUGAUCACUUUACCAAUGCGUCACUUCCGGUCCAAGAAUAUUACGCAGCUAGCAUCAAGGAAAACAAUAUCUUGAUACCUCUGCUAGAAUUCAUGUUUAAAUUCCUGCAAAAUUCACAGAACAAAAUCACUGAUGCAUCCAAGAUUGAGAUCCAGACUUUCGAGCCCGAUAACUCAGAAAACGCCGAGAAAGAGACAGAAUGGCUCCUAGUGCAUCUGUACUAUCUUUGCUUAAGGCACUUGGCGAACAUGACCAAGAAUUGGUGGAUUGAUACCCAAAAGCGGAUCAAAGGACCUGUGGAAUCGUGGACGGAGAAACACAUAUCACCAUUGGUGGUUGAUAAGGCACUUCGAGCUGUCACGGAGUGGGUUGAUACUCAAGAUCCAAAUGAGGAGCGAGCUCUGGCUGUCAAGAUGUCGCCACGCACAGCGGAGAUUAUCGCCAGCAUUCCAGUGGAUGAGGAAUCGCCUCCCGUAUCCAUCUCCAUCUCUCUUCCCCCUGCAUAUCCCCUCCACCCAGCCCUCGUGGUUGGCCGCAGUCGCGUUCUAGUGGACGAAAAGAAAUGGAAGAGCUGGCUGCUCACGAUCCAGGGUGUGAUCAUGUUCGCAAAUGGCAGCCUGGUCGAUGGAUUGUUGGCGUUCCGACGCAACGUCCAGGGUGCUUUGAAGGGACAGAGCGAGUGUGCUAUCUGCUACUCGGUGAUCUCUACUGACAUGCAGACGCCGAACAAACGAUGCGCCACUUGCAAAAAUACCUUCCACUCUGUCUGUCUGUUCCGAUGGUUCAAGAGCAGCAACCAGAGCACUUGCCCGCUUUGCCGCAACAACUUUGUGUAUGUUUAG